CGGAAGGAAGGAGCAGUCAUCCAACGAGCGCAGGACGAGAGGCACCGAGCAGGAGGCCGAACGCUCGUGCGCAACAAAACAAGCUCCGUGGCUGUGCGGCAGCGCAGGAGGAGGCGGAGGAGGAGGCGGUUGAGGAGGAGGAGAGCCACAGAGAGCUGGGUUCCCCCCGCGCGUCUUCCAGAACAACUCACCGUCCGACCUCCGAUGAUCUCAGGGCGACAAGUUACGCUUCCCACGGGCGGAUGGGAGACUUUCCGCGGCGCUUUGUGAGGAGGAGAUGAUGAAGAAUUUCAGCGGCAGUCCCCUUCACAGCAACAGCCCGACUCCCAACCACGUCCGAGAGCGAAACAACCGAAAGUACAGCGCACUCUCCGCUCUUCUCCCGCUGCGCUUCUCCCUGCGAGGCUAUGGUUUCUGCAUGGCUACGCUCUUCCUCUUCUGUUUCGCCUCCCUCUUCUACCAGCUGAACGGAGGACCCCCGAAAGUCCUGCUGGACAUCCGACAGUAUCUCGGUGAAUCCACAUACCUGGAUGACCACGGACCCCCUGUUCCAAGAGUCCUCCCGUUCCCCAGCCAGGUGGUCUAUAACCGCGUGGGGAAGUGCGGCAGCCGGACGGUGGUCAUCUUACUGAGGCUACUGGCUGAGAAACACCAGUUCAACCUGGUCUCCUCCGACAUCCACAAUAAAACGCGCCUCACGAAACAUGAACAGGUGGAUCUCAUGAAGAACAUCAGCAAUAUCCCUCAGCCGUUCCUCUACACACGGCAUGUUCACUUCCUCAACUUCACCAGGUUCAGGAUAGAGCAGCCUGUCUAUAUCAACAUAAUCCGGGAUCCCAUCAACCGGUUCCUCUCCAACUACUUCUUCCGCCGUUUUGGUGACUGGAGGGGCGAGCAGAACCACCUCAUCCGCACGCCCGGGAUGAAGGAUGAUGAGAGAUACCUGGACAUCAACGUGUGCAUUCUAGAGAAUUACCCGGAGUGCUCCAACCCCAGAGUUUUCUACAUCAUCCCCUACUUCUGUGGACAGCAUCCGCAAUGCAGGGAGCCGGGGGUGUGGGCUCUGGAACGGGCCAAGCAGAACGUUCUGGAGAACUACCUCCUGGUGGGGAUCCUGGAGGAGCUGGAGGAUGUUCUGCUCCUGCUGGAGAGGCUCUUACCUCAUUACUUUACUGGAGUGCUCAAUAUUUACAAGAGCCCAGACUACAAGAAGAUGGGGAACAUGACAGGCACGGUGCGGAAACACACGCCCACUCUGGAGGCCCUGCAGGUCCUGUACCACCGCAUGCGCUACGAGUACGAGUUCUACAACUUCAUCCGGGAUCAAUUCCACCUGACGAAGAAAAAAAUUGGCCUCAAGUCCGUCUCCCAGCCCGCCGCCUACUCACCCACUUUCCUACGGGAGCUGGCCCUCCGGACCCCAGAGCCUCUGGAUGAAGAUGAGGAGCUGGACACGGACCUCGAGGACGCCAACAGUUGGCUGGUCCAUCCCUAAGGGGCUGUUCGAUGAUCGGUGAUCGUAGCCAAGAUAAAUAAAUAAAGCUGAUUGGCUAGAAUUGGCUGGAGACAGCUGGAGGCCGCCUGAAAGAGAAGGGGAGCGUUCCCCCGUCUUUGAGCAAUCCCAUGUAAAAGUGAGGUGGGGUUUAGCGGUGUGUGCGGAUCCUGGCGCUCCUGGGUUUUUCUGACGAUGUGUUUUCCAUCUGCAACGGGCUCCUAUCACGGCAGGCUCAGCACUGAGGACUGUGGGGUCGAGUUAUUGGAAGGACAAAAUGCUCUAUUUAAAAAUUGACCAAGGACAAUGGGGAAAUAACGUUAAGCUCAUUCUGCUUGACUCAAAUUUUGUUUUAAACGUUUCUUUGGGUGUGUUGACAUGAAAUUAAACAAAAAAAACUAAUCUCCAGGAGAGAUUAGCGCAAAAUGUAGACGGAUAAAUGUUCUACAUGUCGGUCGCUGGGGUGUUUACUGUACGAGCGGACUUCAGAGACAGCGCCCAAGAAGGAGGACCAUACUUCACCAAUGGAUUCACGUCCUAAGAGCUGGGAAUUGUGUCCAUGAAUACAAAAAAAAAGUGCCAAAAGUCAUGUAUGUAUAUUAGUCGUCCAGGACGGUUGAAAGUGCCAAACCUUGUCGAGAGCUACAGCAACGGUGUGAGAGGAAGCUCCGUGUCAGUUGUUACAGUAUUGGUUUAUAAAAUUGUUUUAGAUAUUAGGUACAAAUGAGGGUUGAACAGCGAGCACUCGAUUAUGAAUUCAAAGAAUUCCAACAAAGCGUGCAUGAAUGAUUGAGUUUGACCAAGCCAGCAGCGUAUUUUAACAUAGAUCUGUUACUUGGGUCAUUAGUGGAAAAUAUAGGCUAAUAUAACACAAAAGGCAUUUAUGGAGUGCAAUUAGUUUUAAUCCAAAGUUUGAAAGAUUGAGCUUGCCAAAUAGCAGUGUUCCUACUGCGAUGCAUUGCAAAUACUGCACUUUUCCAUCUCUGAGAUGACUUUUCCUGGGAUUCUGCAGCAAAACGAAGGAUUUGGUCACAAAACCGGAUUCUAAAUCGUUUUUUAAUUUCAAACGGGAUAAUGUCUCUCUGUCUGUGUCACCAGUCCCAGCUAGCAGCUAGUCAGAGUGCAUGUUCUUUCAUCACAUGCAGAGGAACAGUAACCAUAAGCUAGUAUGUGAUAGUCGUAUUUCACUAUACCAUCCUAAUCCUCCAUUGUUUGUACCUUUUUCAUUGUCCUGGUGUGUGUUCAGUGUUUCCUUUUUUUUUUUUUUGCCAGUUUAAUUUAUUAUUUUGUAUUCAUUUGCAUUCCAGAUAAGAUUCUCAGGAAGGAAAGAAAAAAACAUGUUAAAUAACUUUAUGAACUGUAUCUUUGGUUUCUGGCGGCUAUGAACCGAUUAUUGGCAUUUUAAUGGGUUUAUAACAAUAGCUGAAAUCUGGUUAACAACUAAUGCAGUCGAUCAUUUUACAGCCUUCAAAAUAAAUGUCCUUUAACCAUU